AUGUUAGAAAUCACGCCUGAAGAUGAGGAUUGGCGAGUGACCAUCAAAACCAUGGCAGGCUUGUGCCUGUUUGUGAGCACUUCAACAGGACACAAGUACGAAGGAGUCAGAUGUGAAAAGGGAAACUGUGGAGUCAGCAUAAUGAGAAGUGGAGAGGCGAUGGAACAAGGAUUACGAGACUGCUGCAGGUCCAUCCGCAUUGGGAAGAUCCUGAUCCAGAGCGAUGAGGAGACGCAGAGAGCCAAAGUGUACUACGCCAAGUUCCCACCGGACAUCUACAGGAGAAAGGUUCUGCUCAUGUACCCGAUACUCAGUACUGCAAAUACCGUCAUUGAAGCUGUCAAAGCUCUUGUAGAACAUGGCGUACAACCAAGCGUCAUUAUCCUGCUCAGCCUGUUCUCCACACCUCGUGGUGCCAAAUUUAUCAUCCAGGAAUUUCUUUUAAGGACAGAUGUUCAUCCUGUUCUACCAAAACACUCUGGACAGACGUAUGUUAGAGCAGACUGA